AUGAAGUUAACCGGCGCAUCGUCCUCGUCUUCGGCCGCCGCCGCCGAAGAGCUCGACAUCUAUGACGAAAUCGAAAUCGAGGAUAUGACCUACGACUCAACCCUGCAGAUCUACCACUACCCGUGCCCAUGUGGCGACCGGUUCGAGGUCGCGAUCGCGGAUCUCAGACAAGGCGAGGACAUCGCGGUGUGUCCGAGUUGCAGUCUGAUGAUCAGGGUUAUCUUCGAAGUGGAGGAUCUGCCGGCCGAAGAGGACGGCGAGUCUAAGCAGGAGAAGGAAAAGGUGUGA